CACACAUCGACGGGGCAGAGCCUAAGGCUCUGCGUUCACCGCACACGGUCGUUGCAAUUCCUCAAAGGGCUGGCCUUAUACUAAUAGACGGUAUGAUUGUGCCACGUAGGCUAAUCAUUAGGGUAUCACGAAAUUAAAGUAUUGAUUAAUGCUCCUUGGGUUUGGUGAAUAUUCAAAUGGCCAGCAUGAACGAAAGUAGAUCGUCUAUCUCGACAGAUGUCCCGCCGGGACACCGCCCGCCUGUGAGAACAGAUACAGAAAGGUCCGCUGUACACGGAACGGUGCGCAAUGCGUUUUGGCGCAUGCGAAACCUUCUCAGCUUAGAUGGAGGUGGUAUUCGAGGAUAUUGGACCUUGUUGGUCCUGGAGCGGCUCAUGAAAUCUAUCUUUCUUGAGGAACUCAAGCAAGCGGCCGUUGGCCAAACGGCGUUCCACAGUUUCAUGCCAGAAGCCUUUCCCGACAACGUCUCUCAGCUGGACGACGAUGAGACUGGGAAGAAGAAUCCGGGUAGAAUAUUUCUCCCUUGCCACUAUUUCGACUUCAUAUGUGGCACCAGUACUGGGGGGCUCAUAGCCAUCAUGCUGGGCAGGUUCCGCAUGACGGUAGAGGAUUGCUUGGACGAAUACAAAACAAUGAGCGACCGGAUCUUCGGCAAGCCGAGGUGGAUCUCGCAGCGUAAUAUGGGCAUGCCAUGGCCAAAGUACAGCUCCCGCAGUAUGGAAAAGGCCUUUCAAGAUGUCUCGCUUCGGCGCAGCGACAGUACUACCACGGGGAAACACCACUCCACUAUGCCAACAUUCCCAUCGACAGAAGGCAUCUGCCAAACGUUCGUCACCACGGAACGCACAACUAAGAACACGUCUGGUGUAGACACGAAGGACUUCUAUCUCAUCCGGUCCUACAGCCACGAAGAAAACACACGCCCAGUCCGGCCUCCGAACCCUGAUACAAGCCGCCGAAUGGUCACCCCUCCGAAGACGAAUUUUGGUCCGGCAGAGACAAUGGAGAUUCCUAAAGUAGCACGUGCUGUUACUGCGGCUCCUAUGUACUUCAAGCGACUCGAGUUCACUCACAAGAUCGGAACGCACGACCAGAAAUACUAUUUCACGGACGGUGGUUUCGGAAGGACAAAUAAUCCGACUGUGAUUGGACUGGACGAGAUCGAUUCGAUACCCGGCAAACACACAAUCGGAGCCAUCGUCAAUAUCGGUACAUCACGCGGUAACAAAGCCGAUCCUUCGCGCACGACGGCCCUGGGCAUCGUCAAAGCAUUGACCGACGAAGCUACAAACCCGGGUGACGUCGCAAAGGAGAUGGGAAGAUUGAAUCUGGAUAAAUACUGGCGCUUCAAUGACGACGGCGGCAUCAAUGUCGAACUCGACGAAUGGAGGCCUGCUGGGUUCUUCACCAAACGGAACUACCGCGGCACAAUCACCAUCGAUACUAUUGAACAUGCAUUCAAUAAGUGGGCUGCCGAGCAAGACAACGUAUAUUGGCUCGAUCACUGUGCGAGGGAGCUCGUUAAGAUAAGGAGGGGCAGGUGCAUUGAAGAGGAGAAGUCCCGAUGGGAGCAGUACGCACUUGCAGCGCACAGCUAUCGCUGCAAGCACGAGGACUGCUGCACCGAGCCGGCGUACACAUCUCGUCACCAGUUUGUGGAGCACUGGGAGAGGGUGCACGAGGAGUCUGAUGAUGGUGAUGACUACAAGGAGCCGCGUUUCAAGCAGUGGAUCUAUCAGCAGAAGGGACCCGAGCGCCGCAAGUGA